AUGGGAGUCGCGUCCAGAAUCAUCUCGACGAUUCUCCGAGCCGGCCAGCUUUUCUGCGGCGCCGUCGUGCUCGGCAUCCUGGGCCACUUUUUCCACAAUGUCGGCGAGGCCCACGCACUGGGGCCGGGCGGGCGGCUCAUCUACACGGCCACCAUCGCGGGCAUCACGAUCCUCGCGUCGCUGGUGCUCAUCCCGCCGUUUGCCCACACGUUCUGGUCCUUUCCCCUCGACUUCCUGCUCUUUGCCGCCUGGCUGCUGAGCGGCCUCCACACGUGCCGGUCGGGCUGGUUCCGCACUUACUGGGGCUUCUACUGGGGCGAGUGGCGCCGGGUGGUUGCCCCGGGCAUCACUCGGCGGCUCGACGGCUGCAGCGCGUGGCGCUCGGUCCUGGCAUUUUCUUUCAUCGCCAUGUUCCUCUACCUUCUGAGCAGCAUACUGGGGCUUCUCUGGGUCCGCAGGCACGGGAAGUUCAGGGGGAGGCGCCGCGGAGAGCCCAUCGGUGUCGCUCCGCCUCCCAUGGAGGCUUCGCCGGCUGGGGCUGCGAGCCAGCCAGCGCCACCGAGCCAGGCCUGGCCGUAA